AUGGGUGGGGGUGGUGGCAGGGCCGCAUGGCGCAAACCAAAGGGGGGGGGGGGGGGGGGGGGGGUGGGUUCGGGGGGUGGGAAAGGGGGAGGGUCGGGAGGGAGGGAAGGGGUGAGGGGUGGGGGGGUCGGGGGCGGGGGGGGGGAGGGGGUGGGGGGUGGGUUCUGGGGGGUGUGGGGUGGGUGGGGGGGGGGGGGGUGGAGAGGUAAUUGGGGGGGAGGGGCGGUGUGGGGGGGGUGGGGGGGGGGGGGGGGGUGGGGGGUGAUGGUCCGGGUCGGAGGGGGGUGGGUGGGUGUGUGUGGUGGGGGGUGUCGGCGGGGUGUGGUGGGGGGUGGGGUGCAGUUGGGGUCAGGGGUGGGGAGCGUGUGGGUGGGGUGGGGGGGGGGGGGGUGGGGUGGGGGGGGGGGGGGGGGGGGGGGGGGGGUGGGGGGUGGGGGGGGGGGGGAUGGGGGGACGGGGGGGGGGGUGGGGGGUCUUGGGGGGGGGUGGGGGGGGGGGGGGGAGGGGUGGGGUAGAGAGGGGGAGGGGGAGAGGGGGGGGGGAAGGGGGCGGGUGGGGGGGGAGGUGGGGGAGGGAGGAGGGGCAGGGUCCAGGGGGGGUGAGGGGGGGGGGGGGGGCGGGGGGGGUGGGGGGGGGGGAGGGGAGGGGGGCGUAUGGGGGGGGGGGGGGGGGGGGGGGGGGGGGGGGGUGAGGGGGGGUGAGGUCAAGGGGGAGGUGGGGGGGGUGAGGGGGAGGGGGAGGGGGGGGGGGGGGGGGGGGGAAGUGGGGAGGGUGGGUGGGGGGGCGAGAAGGUCAGGGGACAAGGAGGUCAGACAGGGAGGGGAAGGAGGGAGAGGGGGGAAGGGUGGACGGGGGGCGGAAGGGUGGGGGGGUGGGAGGGAGGAGGGGGGUGGGGGGGAAGGGGGAGGGGAGGUGAAGGGAGGGGUGGGGGGAGAGGGGGGGGUGGAAGGGGGAGGGCAAGGGGGAGGGAGCGGGGGGUCUGAGCGGGGAGGGGGGGAGGGAGGAGGGGGGGGGGGGGGGAGGUUUGGGGGGAUGGGUAGGGGGGAGGGGGGGGGUAGAGGAGGGGGUGGGAGGGGGGGUGGUGGGGAGGUCAAUGGGUGA